AGACAAACAACAUGAAGUUGAAAUCCCUUCUCCAACACAGAAAGAGAAAGAGAAAAAGAAGCGGCCAAUGUCCCAGAUCAGUGGAGUCAAAAAACUGAUGCACAGCUCCAGCCUAACUAAUUCCAGUAUUCCCAGAUUUGGAGUUAAAACAGACCAAGAAGAUGUUCUUGCCAAGGAACUAGAAGAUGUGAACAAAUGGGGCCUUCAGGUUUUCAGAGUAGCAGAGUUAUCUGGAAACAGACCUUUGACGGUCAUCAUGCACACCAUUUUUCAGGAACGGGACUUGUUAAAAACAUUUAAGAUUCCAGUAGACACUUUAAUAACUUACUUGAUGACCCUAGAAGACCAUUACCAUGCAGAUGUGGCAUAUCACAAUAACAUACAUGCUGCAGAUGUUGUUCAGUCAACCCAUGUCCUGCUGUCAACCCCAGCAUUAGAGGCUGUGUUCACUGAUUUGGAGAUUCUUGCAGCAAUUUUUGCCAGUGCAAUUCAUGAUGUAGAUCAUCCUGGGGUUUCAAACCAGUUUCUUAUCAACACAAAUUCUGAACUUGCUUUGAUGUACAAUGACUCAUCAGUACUGGAGAAUCAUCACUUAGCUGUGGGCUUCAAGUUGCUGCAGGAGGAAAAUUGUGACAUUUUCCAGAAUUUGACCAAAAAACAGAGGCAAUCAUUGAGGAAAAUGGUCAUUGACAUUGUACUUGCAACAGACAUGUCUAAGCAUAUGAAUCUGUUGGCUGAUUUAAAAACUAUGGUCGAAACCAAAAAAGUGACCAGUUCUGGUGUCCUACUUCUUGAUAACUACUCAGACAGGAUUCAGGUUCUUCAGAACAUGGUGCACUGUGCAGAUCUAAGCAAUCCAACCAAGCCACUCCAUCUCUACCGCCAAUGGACAGACAGAAUAAUGGAGGAGUUUUUCCGUCAAGGAGAUCGGGAAAGAGAGAGGGGAAUGGAGAUAAGUCCCAUGUGUGAUAAGCACAAUGCAUCUGUAGAAAAAUCACAGGUGGGUUUUAUAGACUACAUUGUUCAUCCUCUGUGGGAGACAUGGGCUGAUCUUGUUCACCCGGAUGCCCAGGAUAUCUUAGAUACACUGGAGGACAAUCGAGAAUGGUACCAGAGCACAAUCCCUCAAAGUCCCUCUCCUGCACCUGAUGACCAGGAAGAGGGUAGGCAGGGCCAAACUGAAAAAUUCCAAUUUGAACUAACACUGGAGGAAGACGGUGAGUCAGACACCGAAAAGGACAGUGGAAGUCAAGUAGAAGAAGACACCAGCUGCAGUGACUCCAAGACUCUUUGCACCCAGGAUUCAGAAUCCACUGAAAUUCCUCUUGAUGAGCAAGUAGGGGAAGAAGAGGAAGAGAACCAGACAGAACCUUGUCUAGUAGAAGACCAUUCUCCUGACACGUAACAACACAGGCGCAAUCUCUUUCUCUCUUGACCUCUCCUUUUCUUUUCUUCUUUCUCUCUUUGUGUUUUUUUUUUCUUUCUUUUUGUUCUGUUUUUAUUAGGUAAUGGUUUCCAAAGCGUAUGUCAUAUGCUACAAUGAUGGUCACAACUCGCUGUCAUCUGCCAGGACGUUUGUUGAUCAAAACUGACCUUGAUGACUCAGUUUGGCACUCAGGAAUAUUGUAACCAGAAUUUUCACCUCCAU